AUGAACUUUUGGACGCCAGGCAGGGCCGCCGCCAUCACUUGUACAGGUGUGGCUUUGUUGGCUGGCCUGGCGGUGGCUGCUUACCGCAAAUACCGAAGUCAACGAAAGUAUAUUCACGAUCUAGAAGAAAAACUGGAAAUGCAACAAACUGAAGUGGCCAGACUGAGAGAUCGUCUGGAAACUCAACAGAAUGAAAACUUGAAGACGGAGAUGACCCAAUACGUUCAAUCUUUGGAACUCCAACGAGGACGUCUGGACGCUGACAUAAUGAUGCUGGAAGAGAACCUGGACAAGAGUAAGCUCCGGGAAACUAAAAUGGAACGUGUCUUGGACGAAGCUAAGGAACAGAUCGAGUCUCUGCAGAAUCAAAUCGCAGAGAAAGAUCUUUUGAUUGAACAGACCGCACUGGAUAAGAAAGAAAUGGAACGUCGUCUGGAGGAGGAGGAGAAAGCGAGAGGCAGAGACAUCCAGAUUUUGGAAAAAGAGUUGAAUCUUUUCCAAGAGAGGAUGGAAAGCGCCCAAAAGGAGGAAACUGAGCUCGCCUCCAGAUUACAGGAAGCUGAAGCCACCAAUCGAGUGUUGGCUUCAGCGAAUGAAUGCUUCAAGAGGGCAAAUGACCAACUGAGAGAAGGUCUGGAAGAGAAAGAGAAUGAGGUCUACCAUUUGGAAAUUUUAAAAGAAGCUUCUGCACAAGUUAUAGCCGAUCUACAACAGAGGAAUGGCGAUCUCGAAGAGGAAAUUAAAAAGAAUAAGGACGAAAAGGAGAAGACCAGACUUUUGAACGACGAAGUUCAGCAGAUGAGAAACUGGGUUGCUGAACUAGGAGGUAAAAACGCCAUGAUGGAGGAGGAAUUGGCAAGGAAAGAACUAAAAAUAAAUUCACUAAAGAAUUCGCUAGAAAAUGCAGAGGGAGAGAAUGGUAUUUUGAAAGAAGAAGUUCAGAAUAUGAGAGAAUGGGUAGCUGAACUGGGUGGUCAAAAUGCUAGGAAGGAUGAGGAAUUGGCCUGUAAAGAACUGGAAAUAAAUUCACUGAAUAAUUCCUUAGAAAAUGCAGAAGGAGAGAAUAGUAUUUUGAAAGAAGAAGUUCAGAAUAUGAGAGAAUGGGUAGCUGAACUGGGCGGCCAAAAUGCUAAGAAGGAUGAGGAAUUGGCCUGUAAAGAACUGGAAAUAAAUUCACUGAAUAAUUCCUUAGAAAAUGCAGAAGGAGAGAAUAGUAUUUUGAAAGAAGAAGUUCAGAAUAUGAGAGAAUGGGUAGCUGAACUGGGCGGCCAAAAUGCUAAGAAGGAUGAGGAAUUGGCCUGUAAAGAACUGGAAAUAAAUUCACUGAAUAAUUCCUUAGAAAAUGCAGAAGGAGAGAAUAGUAUGAAAGAAGAAGUUCAGAAGAGAGAAUAG